UCUGGUGCUCAUUUGGCGUUUGUCUCUUACUGCAGCUGUUUGUUCAGGAGAAAACUCUGCUUUCCCUCCACCCAUUAGAAACACACCCUACCUCUGUGUAAAGCUCCACGCUUCUGCUCUCGACACAGCAGAAAUACAAGCAUGUGCCAGGCUUAAGACAGAAAGAUCUUCAUGCGUUUAGCCUUCUAUGAUAUAGAUGGGCCGCUGACUCAGUGAUUACAAAUGCGGCGUUAUGAAGUGAAGUGGAUGGUACUUCCUCAGAUGCCACCUUUGACUGAUCUCUUUUGAAAAGUGAACACAAAAACAAGAACAUGUAUUGUGUCCAUGCAUCUAGUCGACAGACGGAUCUGCGCUGAGAUGACUAUGAUGGAACUCGCUGAGAACCGUAAAUCUGAAUUGUACUGUUGGACUUGACAAUAGAACGAGGUUUUAGGAGUAUUGUUAUUUUAGCACAAUGUUCAUGAAUUACAGACGGAUCAGGAAAUGGCAUUUUUUACAACUUCUAUCGAUGUGCUGCGUCGCAUCGUUGCUUAUGGUUUGUUGGGACCAUGUGGACCGUCACGUCGUGAGCCACAUGAAGUCAUACACGUAUCGCUAUAUGACCAACAGCUUUAGCUUUAUCAACAAAAGCCUGAGCGUCAGCAAGGAAGAAGCUGCAAGGUUCAAUAGUUUCCCAUAUCUGCUAAACCAGAACGACGUCUGUAAAGAUAAGGAUGUGCUGCUGCUUCUCUUUGUUAAAUCCUCUCCAGAAAAUUUCAAAAGAAGACAGGCCAUACGUUCCACCUGGGGCAAUGAGUCGUAUAUUAGUCACGAGCUGGGUGUCAUUUUGAAGGUAAUGUUCGUCAUGGGGGUUCAUACAGAUGUGUCUAAUAGUUUCCUCCGAAUGGAUUUGCAGAAGGAGCACAAAAACUACGGCGAUCUGGUUCAACAGGACUUUUUAGACACCUUCCACAAUCUCACUAUAAAACUGCUCCUCCAGUUUCGCUGGAUGCACGAGAACUGUGCUCACGCCCGUUUCAUGAUGUCUGCGGACGACGACGUGUUCAUCCACAUGCCGAAUCUGGUGCGCUACCUACAAGAUCUCAGGAGACGGAACGUGCGUGACCACUGGGUGGGCCACGUGCACAUUGGCGCGCCCCCCAUUCGCAGGAAGAACAGUAAAUACUUCAUGCCUUUCGACAUGUACCAGUGGACCACCUAUCCGGAUUAUACAGCUGGUGCCGGGUACGUGAUCUCUGGAGACGUGGCAGCCAAAAUCUAUCAGGCCACUUUAUCUCUUAACGCUUCAAUUUACAUCGAUGAUGUCUUCAUGGGUAUCUGUGCCAUGGCGGUGGGCGUCUCGCCUCAGCAUCACGUUUACUUUUCUGGUGAGGGGAAAGCGCCCUACCACCCGUGCAUUUAUGAAAAAAUGAUCACCUCUCACGGACACGAGAACGACAACCGGUAUCUGUGGAAGGUUGCGACCGCCCCAGAUGUACAAGGUAUAUCGUCUGGAUUAAUGGGGAAAUUGUAUUGCACGGCGGUGAAAAUGAUGUUACUUUGUAAACCGUACUUUACAAAUACCUAUUCAUGCAUGGGAGCGUUUACAUAAUGCACUGUGAGUUCUAUGUCCAAGCAGUAUUUUUAUUUUUGUUUACCUUGUAAAAUUGUCAGUUGUCAAUUACAAUAAAGCUUACAUCGCUAACA